AUGAAACUGUCAUUUCCUCCAUUCACACGGGCGUGUGUGAUAUGUUUUGUAUCGUUAUCAGUGGGAGUGCUUGGACUGCGAUAUUCGCUGUUCGACGCGGUUGCGACGAGGCCAGCAGAUGGCGAGAAGGCUGCUCCGCAUCCUAAGAUGGCCGAUAUCAGCAUCCCAUAUAUCACAUUGGUACCAGGCCAGUCGAUAGUAUACCCCUGGGUUUUAUUAUUAUCGAGUUUUGUUGAGCAGUCAAUAGCGGGAUUCAUCAUCACUGGUUUGACUCUGGCAUUUGGCGGCAGAUACUGCGAACGAGUAUGGGGAUCUAAACAUCUGGCGAUAUUUCUUGCGAUCCAGAGUGUGAUUCCGAAUCUCGUCUGCUGGAUUUCUAUUUAUACAAGUUUUGUAUUAUCAGGACGGUCCAACGAAGGACAGUUGUUUCAGACUGUCAAUGGAGGAAUCGCAUUACAACUGGGGUUCUUAGUGGCGUUUAAACAACUGGUACCUGAACAUACCAUAGUCUUAUUUAAGGGACUGGUCAAAGUGCAAGUCAAGUAUCUUGUUAUGCCUGUACUGGUAACAUAUACUAUUUUUGGCGCGGUGACUGGCCGAGUGGCUCCAAUAGUGCUUUGCUGGAACGGGUUUCUAGUGGCAUGGGUAUACUUGCGAUUCUAUAAAGUAUCAUAUACCGAGUCAGUUUUGCCGUUAUCAUCACAAACAGACCAACUGGACUCACAAUUGCACCACCAGCAGCUACAACCACGAACCAAGAUCCGUGGAGACGCCAGUGAUACAUUUGCACUAGCCAAGUUCUUCUACCCGCGCCCAUUGACUGGUCUGGUAGCAUCCGUGUCUAAUCUGGUGUUCACAGCAUUGGUAUCAGCCAAAAUAUGUACCCCAUUCAACGACGACGAGGUCGAGGCCAGCAAUUUCCAGACCCGGAUUCGCACUCGAGGCACUGCCGGCCCUGCAGCCCGCUCCGAGCUCGAUAGCGACCGUCGUCGUGCUCUCGCACUCCGCGAACUCGGGUCCCGCCUCGAACAAUCCAACCCGCCCCUUGCAUCUCCCGUCGCUCCCUCACAACCUACUCUCAGAUUGUCUUCUUUGAACUUCUUUUUUUUUUUUUGGUCGCCCUUAGAUCUCACUAGUGCUGACGGCAAUUUAUACUCGAUCACAUUACACGAUUUAGAGGCCGGCAAGACUUAUAUGUACAAGUAUGUCAUUGAUGGCAACUGGACUACCGACUCGUCAAAGGAGAUUGUUCGUGAUUCGAGCAACAACGAGAACCAUAGCUUCACUACAGCUGAGCUCGCUCCCUCGACUGCUGCUGUUGGAGGCAGUUCUGUUCCUCCUGAGACUAUUGCAGCUGCUUCUGGUGCUUCUGAUGUUGCUGGUAUCCCAGUCGACUCGAAAAAUAUCGUCCGUGAGGAGCCCAGCAUUUCUGCCCCCAAAGAUGCUUAUACUCCAUUAGAUUUCAAGAAGGAGGUUCCUGAGACUAGUAACAUUGGCUCGGAGUCUGUUCCUACUUCUUCUUCUGCCACUGUGGGAUCCAGCACUCUUGGUACCCCAGCGGCUCAAGCUGAUGAUAAAGCUAGUGUUUUGACUCUUAAGAGUGAAGAGGCUACUUCCAAGCUUGUUGGUUUGGACGGUCAACCCAUCAGUAGCACUGCUUCAGUAACUUCUGGUCCCACAUCAUCUUCAGCUGCUGCUCCUACAUCAGCUUCUGGUUCUGCUUCUGGUUCUACUGGUCAAACUAGUGGCGGAAUUUCAGGUGCUGUCGUUGGAGGAGCUGCUUUGGCCGCUGCUGGUGCUGCUGGUUUGGCUGCUGUUGGAGCUAAGAAGGCCGGUGAAGCUAAAGACACUGUUGUUGAUAGUGUCAAGGGCAAGUUCAAUGAAGACGAGAGCUCUUCUACUACCCCAGCUCCUCCUACUUCAGCUGCCACUGCCACUCCUCCUCCCGCUUCUACUGCUAGUGCUACUUCUUCUGGUCCUUCAGCCAAUAGUUCGGAACUUCCUGCUGUGUCUAUCAACCCCAGCAAGGCCAUUCCCAAGACUGUUCCCAAGGCUGUUCCCGGAUCUGUACCAGUAGCUCGUACUGUGGCUCCUACUGGAUCUCUUGGAGUUCCCAAUUCUCCUCCUACCAAUGCUCAAGGUGUCAGUGCUGGCAGUCCUGGUACCUCUGCUGCUGUACCAGGAGGUGCUCCUGCUAUUACUAGUGCUCCAGUUUCUGCCGCCAACACCAAUGGCGGUUCUGGUCAAACCAGUGGUGCAGUUGCUGGUGCUACUAAGACAUCACCUCCAGCUCCUCAACCUGGAUCCCGUCCUGCUAUCACCACUACUACAAACACAAUUCCACACGAAACGGCGUCUAAGACCAUUCCUGGCUCGUUCCCCGGUCUUGCGCCAUCUCCAUCCCCAGAUGUGGCUCAUAACAUCACUGCUCCACCUGCUUCAGGCACUGCUACUUCUGGUAACAACCUCUACCAAACUCUCGACCCUCAAGCCAAGGUUCAAUCUGCCACUUCUCCAGCAGUGAGUGCUGCUGGUAAGGCCAUUGCCACAACUACUGGUGCUGCCAACUCUGCUACUGUCGAUGCCACCGCCGCUGCUGCCGCUGCUAAGGCUCACAUCACCGGUGCUGUGGAGACUGGUUCUACUACUCCUGCCGCUAGUCCUGCUAUCUCUACUGGUACCACUCCUGCUGCCGCAGGUACUCCGUCGACCUCGGGUGCUCCCGCAUCUGCUGGCACAACUGCUUCUAGCAAACCCAGCACGAGCUCGGCUGCUUCGUCUUCUGCCCGUGAGCCACUCACUUCGCUCCGUAACAAGAACUCACAACAGCUCUCCGAAUCAACCGGUUCUUCCUCAUCGUCCAAACGUAGAAGCUUCCUCAGCAAGAUCUUCUCCCGAAACAAGUAA